UGUCUUUACUGUACGGAAGUUAUGGUUCCGUAGAUGAUGCCGAACAGCUCUUAUGUGAACAUUUUGCAGGUUUACGCCUCUUUUAACCAAGUGUGUGGCCGUAAUAUCCUAAUCAGGUGUUGUCACUGACGGACAAAUGAGCUGUCAGUACUGCUAGCAGUCAGCUUGUGUUUUGUUUAGCUGUCAGUAAAACAGCACGCAGACAGCUGUGGCAGCUGAACUACAUCGCGUUUCUUAUUUCGUAAGGAAACUUGUCUUGCGGUGUUUAGCGUAGACACGUUAUCAGUGCUGUGUAACAUUUUAAUUUGAUAUUGCAGAAUACAGAAUCGUUUGCAAAUCGCUUCUCGCAGUUAACUCGCCUCUCGAGCUCAUUGAAAGCAGCUCACGUGCGGAAAAAGACCCUGUGAAACCAGGCCUACGUUGAUGCCGGAAGCUUUGAGAAGCUGAUGGUCGCAUCUUUAAGAUGCCCUACCACUGCGUGGCCUACGGAUGCGGCAAAACCGCAGAGGACGGGGUGACGUUGUUCAAAUUCCCAAAGAAGCCAGAUGAGUUUCGCAAGUGGGAAAAGCAGGUCCAGAGGACCCGCGGGAACUGGGUGGCCACCAGCUUCUCUCGCCUCUGCAGCGAUCACUUUGGCAAAGAGUACUUCGAGAUGACGCUGCCCACAGGGGCCCUGCUGCUGAGGCCGGGGGCGGCCCCCACCGUGUUCGUCCGACCACGGUGCUCCUCCUGCGGUGGAGUGGGCUGCAGAGAGUGCCUGUCUUCUACCCAGCGCUGCACCUCAGGAGCAGAAACAGAGCGAAGGGACAGUGGAGAAUGCAAAGAAAAAGAGGUUGGUAAGAAAGUUGGUAAAGAAAAAGGUUUACCUAAAGGAGGGAGGAUGUCUAAGGAUAAAGGGAUGAAUGCCAAACCACUGUUUUGUGAGAUGUGUGGAACGCCUGGCAGUUUCAGCACCUUCUUUUCAAGAUCAAAACGUUUCUGCAGCUUGUCCUGCUCCCGCUCCUUUUCAUCAAACUCCAAGAGGUCCUCCAUACUGGCACGUCUGCAGGGACGACCUCCUUCAAAAAAAGCUACUGUGCUGAAUAAGGCGAUGAAAGUCUCAUCUGCAGCUACAGGAGUGGAAGCCCAUGCGGUGUUUGACUGGGGCUCCUAUCUGAAGACUGAAGCAUCUGUGGCUGCGUCCGUCUCUUGCUUUGCACAUGCUCCCUUGAGCUCUGAGUGGGAUGACGUCGUCGUUGGGAUGAAGGUGGAGGUCCUCAACACAAACGCUGUUCUUUCCAGUAAAGUCUACUGGAUUGCUACUGUUAUUCAGGUUGCAGGCUACAAAGCUCUGCUCAGAUAUGAAGGCUACCAACAUGACGGCAGCCAGGAUUUCUGGUGCAGCCUAGUUUCAGGAGACCUGAACCCGAUCGGAUGGUGCUCUAUGACCAGCAAGCUGCUGGUGCCGCCACAAGGCGUGAAAGGCAUCUCAGACUGGAAACUGUAUCUGAUGAAGAAGCUGGUGGGUGCCACCACCCUACCUGUUGACUUCUAUGUGAAGCUGGCAGAGAGUAUGAAGAACCCUUUCAAAGUAGGUAUGCACUUGGAGGUGGUGGAUCCCAAACACGUGAGUCAGACACGCGUGGCCAUCGUCGACUCCAUUGUUGGCGGCCGUCUCCGGCUGGUGUUUGCCGACCAAAGCGACAUCCCUGAGAAUGUGGUCCUUGACUUCUGGUGCCACAUGUGGAGUCCUCUUGUACACCCACUGGGCUGGUCAAAAUCAGUGGGUCAUGCUAUUAGGGCACCUGGAAACAAUCUGGAAGCUUCCGCCAACAUGAAGGGUAACGGUGAAAGCACAUUCCAGGUGUUUAAAAAGCCCAGGUUUGUCUUCAUGGGCGAGGGUUUCUUUGAGGAAGGGAUGAAGCUGGAAGCCAUUGAUCCUCUAAAUCUUGGAAACAUCUGUGUUGCUACCGUUCACAAGGUACUGCUGGACGGUUACCUUAUGGUGGGUAUUGAUGGGACUGAAACAAACAAUGGCUCUGACUGGUUCUGCUACCACGCUUCCUCCCAUGCCAUACUACCCAUUAACUUUUGUAAAAGGAACGACAUCACUCUCACUGUACCUCAAGGUUUUGAUCCUCAAAAUUUCACCUGGGACAAAUAUCUGCAAGAGACCAAAGCCAAAGCUGCACCAGCAAGACUCUUUAAUACUGACAAUCCAGGUCACGGUUUCUCCCCCAACAUGAAGCUGGAAGCGGUGGAUCUGAUGGAGCCGCGGCUGGUGUGCGUGGCCACCGUGAAGCGCUGCGUGGGUCGCCUUCUUCUGAUCCACUUCGACGGCUGGGACGACGAGUUCGACCAGUGGAUAGACCACCAGUCCCCGGAUAUCUACCCCAUCGGCUGGUGUGAGCUGGUGGGCUACCAGCUCCAGCCUCCUCCCGGACUCGUACACUUGGCUGAAAACCAGGUGGCACGGUACAAGAAACCCAAGCCCAUUGUGCACGGCCGAAAGAGAAAAAGGCACUUUAAGAAGCGGCUGUCCCAGGAACAAGCAACCAAUCCAGUUAAGGAGUCACCAGAAAGUUUCCAGAGCAGUCGACCGGAAACCCCGCCCAUCAAAACUGAAUCGGAGGAACAAGAGAUCGUCCCAGUGCAGGUGAAACUGGAGGAGAUAGAGACCCCUAUUGAGACUGGCAUGCCCCAGCAAGCCUCGCUGGGAACAGUAAAAGAGGAGGAGGCGGAGCAGCAGAUCGAGUCAAGACCGGCUCAGACGACGCAGCCCUGCCAAAGUGAGGACCCGGCAGAGGACAGGUCCCUCAAGGGGAACUUUAGGAGAGAUAUCACCAGUCACCAGAGUGAGAACAAAAGACCAAAUCCAGCUUUGAAGGACGAGAACCGAGAAAAUAGCAGCCUGGCUGAGAUGUGGAAGAGAGACACUGAGCAGGACAUGACAGAAGCUGGAGACAUGGACACGUGAGAUCUGUGCUUUAGGAGGACCUGGCAGCUGUGGGGACGGCCAAUAGUUUACAAUAAAAGAUUGGUUGUAAAAAAUGAUUUUCAGCCAUCUUUGGUACAAGCUGGAAUAAGUGUCUAUAUUUCACACAGAGCAGGCCACCGUUAAGCAACUACCUCACUUUAUCCACGUUUUUCUGGUUUACUUUGUGCCUUAUCCAUAUCAUUUGUUGUUGAAAUGUCCAAUCAGUUAAUGGUGUUUUCUAAACCAGCCGAUUUCCUGCCGUCUUUCGUAGGAGUAAUACCAGAUAUGUUAGUUUAUGGGUACUGCAAAGAAAAGAUGGAAUCGUAUUGCCCAACCAAACAGAAUGGAGCUAAAAUAUUUCAGCAUUAAAAACGUUGAUGAGUUUAUUAAACAGGUUAGAAGCUUCAAACCUUAGUUCUAACUGUACAAUCUUCAUUAUUUAUCCACACCUACACCUGGAUACUGGAGCACAACGUUGGUUAAAAACGGGAGAGGAAAGAGAAGCGGCUGGCCUGGGUAGAGAUUCCCAACGUAAAAAAAACUAAAUUAAAAAUGCACCUGUUAAAUGUUAUUGAAACUUUUUAAUCAAAGCAUCUAGCAACAUCUGUUGUAUUAAAAACAGACAAUAUAAACUUUAUAUAUUGUCAUCUAGAAUGUGUUGAUUGCUUUUACAGAUGAGGGCAUAAAUAUAGCAUAAAGCCUCGCUAAAUUUCGAAGACAUUUUCAAUUGAAUGUGCUUAUUGCUCAGAAUAUUACUCCUUUUUGACAUUUUGCUUUUGUCUGUGUGGGACUAAAAUGCUAAUAGCCUAACUAAUUAAGCAGUUACUAUAUGCUUAGGGAGCCUGCCUGCUCUCCGCUGCCUAACAGUUUGAGUAGUUUCACCUUAGAGCCGUUGUUGGUGUUUAGUCUUCACACCGCGAUUGUUGGAAGGAUUUCCAAACAGCUGGAAGAAAACUGUUUUUGCCUCAUUAUUCUCUGCCUCAUACGUUGGUGAAGAUUCUCAGUCAUCCAGGUCAUGAUCAAUCCAAAAAAAACAAUAGGUUUGAUUCCUGCCAAGUUUCACCCCAAGCCUAACAACUCUCCAUUGUGAGGGCCGAUCAGUUCCAGGUAAAUCCUGGCUCUAACAAAGCCUCGGCAGCAGGUCUCUAAAGCUUGGAGCUCCACACUACUCCAUUUUGAAUUGAGAAAGCUUCCUGGAUGGGAAUCUAAAUGUCUUCAGCUUCAGAAUAAAGUCCUGUUUUAUUUUAAAUAAAUGUUUAGAUCUCCUCAUACAGCCAGAGAAAACUCUGCUCGAUGUACCUGACAUGUCAUUAAAAGGCUUUUGAACAGUAAGAGGUAAAA